AUGUCGGCUGACAGACAAAAUAUCAUAACACCAGGCGUCGUCAAUGAUCUACUCGAUCCCUACGCCUGUUCAUGUCUUCCAACAUCUUAUCAUUACACGAUUUGCAGUAAAAUCAAAUGGUCUACGCUAUCGAUAACUGUUGCUUUAAUUAUCAUUAUUGUUUAUGCUAGUAGUGGAUUGUAUACUUUGAUCGAUGUAACAACAUUGAUGUCAAUUGAUUUCACGGAUAAUAAAAACGGUAGUUUAUUGUAUUUGUUGAAAUCGAAUUGGUUUUGUGUACUUCUAGAAACGAUAUUUUGGUCAAUACUCUCAUCUCCUGAAACGAUUCGUGUUAGUUGGAUAUCCCUUUGUGUUUAUUUUUUGAUCGUUCUCCUGACUAUUCUUCUCCUUUGUGGAAUUCAAUUAAGCAAACCAUGGCUUUUAUUUCUUUGGUCAAUAUUAAUGAUUGUGAUGCUACUUGCUGAUGGAAUUGUUACUGUUCUUUCUCUUAUACAACAUCAUCAACAGACGUAUCGACCACCAAAACAAGUGAAAAUUCUCUUUGUCGUUAUGGUGAUUCGUCUUACGGUUUCGUUAUGCGGUAUUUUCAUCGCUAUUUUUCACUUUCGACGAUUAAAUAAAGCCCACAGUGAAUAUAUCGAUCGACAAAGAAUGUUAGUUCGCUACAAUGCUGAGUCGACAUGUUCAUCUCACGAUAAUUCAUGGGCACCUACUGACAGCCUUUUAAAUCCACCAAAAGAUCCAAGCAUCGAUUAUCGAAUAUCUGAUGUUCCACUACCAUUGACAUUACCGAGAGCAAAACUGGCGACGAUACAACGGCGUCCAUUGUCGACUAUGUUUCGAUCUCGAAACGAACGUUUACAAGACGAUUCAAACGAAGAUAUUAGAUAUAAUGUUCCACUGGAUGAACGGUUUUAUCCUCAACAAUUGUAA